AUGGCAGCGGUCUUACUCGCACUGGAACAUUUGAAUACAGGAAAUGGAACCUUGGUGGAAGAAGUUGGGGGACUUGACGAGAGGUGUAACAUUAAAUUUACGUCUGAAUUCAAAGAUACAGCAUUAUCCGAAAGUGAAUCUCUGAAUCACGUUGUUGAGCUGACAGGUCGGUCUCAAGAAACGGAAUUGCCGGCAGCUUAUGUCGGUGCCUUUCGAUCAGCCUGCAGUAUGGUAACAUCGUUAGUGACUGGGCUUCGAGGAAUUCCACAAAUAUCUCCUGUCUCGACUAGCUCGCAUCUGAAUGAUGUUGGUCAGUAUCCUUUGUUUGGGCGAACUGUUCCAUCAGAUGAUGGUACUGCUGUGCCAGCAAUUAAGUAUUUACGUGAACAGUUGGGAGUACGACAUUUGGCCAUUCUUUAUGUAAAUGAUAGUUAUGGGAAUGCGUACACUGCUGGAAUGCAGCUUGCGGCGGCACUGCAUGCACCAGACAUGACAAUUCAUGCCUUUGAUCUUCCAAUAACACUAACACCAGACGUCGUGGAAAAUGCAGUUUCUGUUCUGAAGAGUUCAGGCUACCUCUAUUUCUUUGGAAUCUUCGAUCCCCGUCAAUACGAGCCAAUCAUGACCGAGGCCUAUCAUCAAGGAAUUGCUGGAGACGGAGAACACAACUGGAUGUUUUCCGAUGCCCUUUCCACCAGCGUUACACAAAGAGGCAUUGAUGCCAACUCCCCCCUUCGUUUUGCGAUCCAAGGGUCGAUUCAGAUUGCAGCCGUAGGCGGAGUACCCGGCCGAGAUCCAAGAUAUGAUCUGUUUCUGCAGUCCUUGAGAGAUCUAAGAAACUCAGUCGACAUGGCCACGCUGCAAUCCUACCAUCCGACGUACCCUGAUGAACCGGAAUACUAUGUCCAAACGAUUGCAGAGGAUCCAGAAAGCUAUUUUUCUCGUGUGACCACUGGAUCGGUCCCUUUCAUGUACGAUGCAGUGAUUGCGCUUGGAUUGGCGGCAUGCAACGUGGACUACAACGAAACUGAUUACUUUGACGGAUAUCAGCACUUUGAGAAGUUCAAAGAGACUGAAUUCGAAGGCGCCAGCGGCACUAUCCGAUUCGACCGUGCAACUGGAACCCGUCUAGCAGAUGCGGCUCGGUUCACCAUUACGAAUUUUGUGCAUAUGGGCAACGUUGGAAACACAGCGACCUUCGAAAAUGUGGAAACUGACGUUUUCCAGGAUGGGGAGUGGAUCAAUGUCGAGCCCCGUGUAUUCAACGACGGAACUUCAAAUACUCCACCAGAUUUGCCUCCUGUGGAACCAAACAAUCUGUAUAUCGGAGCAGUCUUGCGAAGUAUUGGUAUUGUUAUCACAUGCUCGAUCUGGGCGAUUUCGAUGGGACUCGCGCUGUGGAUGGCAUGCCAUAGAGAAGCACCAGUUGUGAGAGCAAGUCAACCAAUCUUUCUUGGAAUCAUUGCACUUGGAUGUUUCCUGAUGGGGACAUCAAUCAUCUUUUUGAGUUUGGACGACGAAGUGGUAUCUACCGAGACUUGCUCUGCCUUUUGCAUCUUGGUUCCUUGGUUCUUCAGUUUUGGUUGGAUCCUUUCUUUUUCCGCGCUCUAUGCCAAGACAUAUAGAGUGAACAAAAUCUUCCACAAUCCAAAGUGUCGUCGCAUGAAGGUGACUGUGAAAGAUGUCAUGGCGCCCAUAUUCCUGUUGCAGACCAUUGCGAAUACGAUAUUAAUUGUUUGGUAUUCGACUGCAAGACCGGAAUGGGUUCGAGAGACCACCAAAGAGGAUUUAUUUGGACGAGAAAUUGAAACAAGUGCCUCUUGUGAUUACGGAGGGUCGACUGGCUUUAUUAUCUCCCUAUGCACCUUGCUUCUGGCCGUUCUGUUUUACACACUUCAACAAGCCUAUGCUGCGCGCGACGUAUCUACUGAAUUCGCUGAAACAGAGUACAUAUUCUUGGCUCUUGCAGAAUUGCUACUUGUCAGUUUUGUUGGCUUCCCGGUUUUGAUCAUUGCGAACGACGAUACUCGGGCCCGAUUCUAUGUUUCAGCGGCCGUCAUUGCGGGAACGUGCAUGUCGAUUCUUGUACUUAUAUUCUUUCCGAAGGUUGCUGCUUUCAGAUCGCAGCAUGAACGAACUAAAAGAACACGCGAAUACUCAAGUCAAGCGGGCAGUGAUCGAGUCAGGAUUUCUGGCUUUAGCAUCAUGACGAGGUUCGGAAAUGGAUCUCUCGAUGAGGACGAUGGAGAUAGUAUUGGCAACGUUUCUCGCUAUUCGCGCAUUUCUCGCUUUUCUCGCGUCGGAAGUGGUGAAGAUGACAAGGCCGGUGUGAAAGUGGUGCAGCAUCCACAAGAAAACGAAAAACUGAAGAAAACUGUUGCAGAACUUCAAAGCAAGAACAAAAAGUUAAUGGCUCAAGUUUCGAGACUCGCAGAACUGCACAAAAAGACAGCAGCAAGAUUGGAUAUGAGCGAAAGUGAAUUAUCUGAGUCAAUGUUUCUGUCUACCACAGGCAACCUUGGCAACUCAAGUGCGUUUCUUCGUCUUCCAGCUGCUGAUAGUCGUGGAACGGCGCCCACACACGAUGGGGAAAAUGAUGCGUCAGACCUUUCUUAA